AUGGCUAAACUUCAAGAACAUAACAACCUACUAUCGUCUAAACCUGCAGACUUCGAGUUGGCAGAGAAAAAGCAAAAAGGGGCAAAGGCAACGCUUGCACCCUCCAAACAGCUGGUAGUCCCAGCUCACAGGGACCAACCUCAUUUACCGAAAAAGGUCUACACCGAUUGUCGCCACCGACUUAACGACAAGGAAGUCGAGAGACAGGGAUCUCCGAUUAGGAUCAAUGCUCACUUAAGAGACUCCCGAAUGGGGGUUCUGGGAAACAAGUCAUCUAUUCGGAAGGUACGAGGUCUGGAAUCCACCGCAGAAUCAGACCAUGAAUAUGUCCCCUCCAAGACCCAUGGGACAACUUACCAUUCAGCAACACCGACACGGUACUCUAAGGCCAAGCAAUUGAAUCCGCGGAGACAUUCAGAGGACUAUGAUUCCGAGGAGAUUCCUAGCAGAGGUCCCGUCGUUCGACUUUUUUUUCAAAAGGUUCAAAAGAUGGAGAACGACUGGACCCGCUCUCAGGAGCUCGACUGGGAAAGCUUCGGCCAGGGCCAUUCACCGAACGCAUCAGGCAUUCCCGGUAGGAUAGGGAUGUGCAGCCGCUGCACAUACUGUUCUACACCGAUGUAG